UGGCACAUCUAGCAGAUGCUCCCGGCCAAUGUUUACAUGCGAGGAAAAGUGCGACUUGUUGGGGUAAUUGAAGAAUACCGACAGAAUGUCGGGUUGUAUCGAAAUCCCGCUACGGGAUAGCGAUGAGGUUAUUGAAUUGGAUUUGGAAUCUUUACCUGAGGGAGAUGAAGUGCUCGGCAUUCUCACCAACGAGAAGGUCCCACUCAAUUAUUGGGUUGACCUUGCUGUUGAGUACUAUAAACAAAAGAAGGAAGAGGACUUUGUACGUAUCUUGGAAGCAAGCAGGACAGAUGCCAACACCAUGUACAGAGAGUCUGAGAAGGAUCAGAUGCGGUCAUAUGACACACUGGCAGCCUAUUAUGUGCAGUUGGCCAACAAAGAGAAAGAUAAGACUGCAAAGAAGGAACUGUUCCAGAAAGCAACUUACCUUUACACAACAGCAGAUAAAAUCAUUAUGUACGACCAGAAUCAUCUCUUGGGCCGAGCAUACUUCUGUUUGCUGGAGGGAGAUAAGAUGGAACAAGCUGAUGCACAGUUCAACUUCGUACUCAAUCAGUCUGCCAAUAACAUCCCAUCUUUGUUAGGCAAAGCGUGUAUUGCUUUCAACAAAAAGGAUUAUAGAGGUGCUUUGGCAUUUUAUAAGAAGGCUUUGCGAACAAAUCCCAAUUGCCCGGCUGCUGUUCGGCUUGGUAUGGGCCAUUGCUUUAUGAAACUGGGAAACCAAGACAAGGCUCGUUUGGCCUUUGAGCGGGCAUUGGAAUUAGAUGGAAUGUGUGUUGGAGCUCUUGUUGGGUUAGCAGUGUUAGAACUCAAUGAAAAGAAACCAGAAAACAUUCGUAGAGGAGUGCAGAUGUUGUCGAAAGCAUACAACAUUGAUUCUACAAAUCCUAUGGUUUUAAAUCAUCUGGGUAACCACUUUUUCUUCAAACAGGACUUUCAAAAAGUACAGCACCUUGCUCUCCAUGCUUUCCACAACACCGAAAAUGAAUCUAUGCGUGCUGAGUCAUGCUACCAGAUGGCUAGAGCAUUUCACGUGCAAGAAGAUUACUCACAAGCCUUCCAGUACUACUACCAGGCCACCCAGUAUGCAGCGCCAAACUUUGUUCUACCCCAUUAUGGUCUUGGUCAGAUGUAUAUUAACAGAGGAGAUACUGAAAAUGCUGCUCAGUGUUUUGAAAAAGUACUGAAAGCUCAGCCAGGUAACUAUGAAACCAUGAAGAUCCUUGGUUCUCUUUAUGCCAGCUCAACAUCUCAGAGUAAGAGAGAUUUGGCUAAGCAGCAUCUCAAAAAGGUGACAGAGCAGUACAGUGAGGAUGUGGAGGCCUGGAUUGAACUUGCCCAGAUCUUAGAAGGCAGUGACCUCCAGGGAUCCUUGUCUGCAUACCACAAGGCCACCAAACUCUUGCAAGACCUUGUGCAGAUGGACAUCCCUCCAGAAAUUCUCAACAAUAUAGCUGCUCUUCAUUUCAGACUCGGCAAUUACGAAGAAGCCCAGAAGUACUUCAAGGAAGCCUGGGAACGCUGUGAUGCAGAGAAGGACCAGGAUCCACAGUACUAUUCCUCCAUUUCUGUCACCAUCAAGUAUAACACUGCACGUCUUCAUGAAAUGUUCUGCCAGUUUGACAAGGCAGAAAAGCUCUAUAAGGAAAUUCUUCAGGAUCAUCCAAACUAUGUGGAUUGCUAUCUAAGACUGGGUUGUAUGGCAAGAGACCGUGGCCAGAUUUAUGAUGCUUCUGAUUGGUACAAAGAAGCCCUGCGUAUGAACAAUGAACAUCCUGAUGCCUGGUCCUUGAUGGGAAACCUUCAUCUGGCCAAGAAUGAAUGGGGUCCCGGACAGAAGAAAUUUGAACGUAUCUUGAAGAAUCCCAGCACCACAAAUGACUCCUACUCCCUCAUUGCCUUGGGAAACGUAUGGCUAACAACACUACACCAGCCGAACCGUGACAAGGAAAAGGAGCAGAAGCACCAGGACCGAGCCCUUGCCAUGUACAAAACUGUCCUUCGUUCUGACCCAAGAAGUAUCUGGGCUGCUAAUGGCAUUGGUGCUGUAUUGGCUCACAAAGGUUACAUCAAUGAGGCACGUGAUAUAUUUGCCCAGGUGCGAGAGGCAACAGCCGAUUUCAGUGAUGUCUGGAUGAAUAUUGCCCACAUCUAUGUAGAGCAGAAACAAUAUAUUAAUGCUAUACAGAUGUAUGAAAAUUGCCAGAAAAAGUUCUUCAAGUAUCCAAAUGUAGAGGUUCUUGGGUAUCUUGCUCGAGCAUACUUCAAGGCAGUAAAGCUGAAGGAGGCCAAGUAUACACUUCUCAAGGCUCGUCAUGUUGCUCCACAUGAUACCGUCAUCCUGUACAACUUGGCACUGGUGUUGCAACGACUAGCCACACAAGUGCUUCGUGAUGAAAAAUCCAACCUGAAGACUGUGUUAGCAGCUGUACAUGAGCUAACAUUAGCUCAAAAGUACUUCCAGCAUCUCAGUGUCAAUGGAGAUCGUCUGAAAUAUGACUUGGGGGCUGCAGCUGCGGAAGCCAGCCAGUGCCGUGACUUGCUCUCUCAGGCUCAGUACCACGUUGCUCGUGCCCGCAGGCAAGAUGAUGAAGAAAAGGCACUCAGGCGUAAGCAGGAUGAAGAAAGGCAAGCUCUCAAGCAGAAGGUUGUGGAGGAGAGACAGAAGAUGGAAGAGAGGAGGAGGCUGAUGAUCGAAGAGAGGAUGAAAGCUCGAGAACAGUACAAGGAGAAAAUGAAGAAUGCUGUCAUCAUAAACGAACCAGUCGAACCUGCAAGGAAAGGAGGAAGAGGCAGGAAGAGAGAUGUGGAAAUCCUCUCAGAUGGAUCUGGUGGAGGAAGUGGACCUGAGGGGGAGAGCCGACCCAAGAAGGGCAGAGGAAGGAAGAAGAAGGAACCAGGGGAAAGGAAAAAGCGAGGCAGGAAAAGCAAGCAGGGAAGUGAUGAUGAGGAUGACGACCAGCCCCGAGGCCGCAAGAGAGGGAAGGGAGGAGCCAAGGGCAGGAAGAAGGCCUCAGAAGACGGCCUUUCAGCCAAGCAGAAGGGACGUAUUGUGUCCAAGGCAACCAUUUCAGACUCCUCAGAUGACUCGGACAACGAGCGCCUCAAAAUUGCCAGUGGAUCAGAUAGUGAGGGUGGAAAGAGCAAACGUCGAAGGGUCAUGUCAAAUUCGGAUUCCUCGAGGUCUCGCUCCAGGUCAAGAUCUGGGUCAAGGAAGUCCUCACGAUCAAGGUCACGUUCCAAAUCUGGAUCAAGGUCACGCUCAAGGUCAAAGUCCGGCUCUCGCUCCAGGAGUCGCAGUGGAUCCAGGAGAAGUGGCUCAGGAUCGCGAUCCAGGUCACGCAGUCGUUCUCGUUCUGGUAGCAGAUCCCCGGCUAGAUCAAGGUCUGGUUCACGUUCCCCAGCAAAAUCACGGUCAAGGUCAAGAUCUGGAUCGAGGUCAAAGUCAAGGUCACGUUCUAGGUCUAGAUCCGGCUCGCCUCGCUCUAGGUCCGGCUCUCGCUCACCAGCCAGGUCAGGCUCAGGGUCUCCCCGCUCCAGGUCUGGGUCACGCUCCCCUGCUAAAUCCGGGUCAGAAGUUGGCAGGGCGAGUGACAGUGAGUAAACGGGUGUUGGGGUUUUGGCCAUUCAGCAUUUUGGCUUCAUCCAUCAGUUAUGAAAACUGCAUACUUUUUUUGAGGUGGAUUUUAUUGUUUACAUAUUUCUUAGCAUUACAAAUUUGUCAUUGUGAGGAAUAUUCAUUAUCAUUAAAAGUAGAAGGCAAAAUGUCAUACAGUUUUUUAGGUAACAGUACCUAUGUAUAGACUGGUUUCUUAAAGAGAUUUGGCUGUCUAUGUGUAGACAGAUUUCAUAGAGUUUUGGCUGUCUAAUCUACCUAUCAUGAAUGUACAGAACAAUGAAAUCUACAUGUAUCAAGCAUGUAUACAAUAGGUAUUAUGCAUUAUUGAUGAUUC